AUGGCAGACACCAAGACCGAAAGAACUACAACAUGCUCAGAGGUUCAGUCCCAAGUCCCUUGGAAUUCAGAUUCAAUCAACGGCACUCAGAAGCUAUGGCUUGUUGAAGAUGUUGCAGCGAAACUAACAGGUGGACCCCCAAUUGAAGGCUCCAAGUCUCCUAUUCCAUUCUUUCAUAUCCUGGAACGUUUGAAGACGACCCCGCGGGCAGGUUGGCGACGAUUUGGAGUCACUCAGGGGGAAUCCAUCUCCGACCAUAUGUACAGGAUGGCUAUGAUGACUUUAUUUGCUCCUAAAUCCCUCGCUGGAAAAAUUGACACAGCACGCUGCACUAAAAUGGCUUUACUCCAUGACAUAGCUGAGGCGAUGGUGGGAGAUAUAACCCCAGUCGAGGGAAUUCCAAAAACAGAAAAAAACCGUCGCGAAUCCACUACCAUGGAUUAUUUGACCAAAAAUGUACUCGGAAAUGUUGACGAUGGAAAGGUUGCAGAAGAGAUGAGAGAGAUAUGGCAAGAAUAUGAAGAUGCAGAAACGCUCGAAAGCAAGUUCGUACAUGAUAUAGACAAGAUUGAACUCAUCCUUCAAAUGGUAGAAUACGAACGUGCAAACGCCUGCAAAAUAGAUUUGGGCGAAUUUUCAUGGGUGACAUGCAGGAUUCUUAUCCCGGAAAUGAAGGAAUGGACCAGAACUAUCAUAGAAGAGCGGGAGGAACUCUGGGCUGGAAGUGAACAUGUCUCAUACACUGCCAUUGAGGACCCAGACGUAGUUGUUGCGACUAUGCUUGCUAAAAACGUUGGGCGUCUAGAUAGAGACGCAGUGCACACCAAUGAACGUAAGACUGUACAAGAUUUAGAUGGCAGUGAACAUCAAACUAAUUCAAAGCCUGAGUAA